AUGGAGAACGAUGCCCAUGUUCGAGAUGAGACGUUUUGGGCUCCAGGAACCGUCACACUAGAGAAGGUUCACCAGUCUAGAGACCAACUAGUCCUCUUCCCACCCCCAUCCUCAGACCCCAACGACCCCCUAAACUGGUCAACACCCCGCAAAGUCCUAAACUUCACCCUAGCCAGCUUCUUCGUCCUCUGGACCUUCGUCCAACUAGAUGUAGGCUUCACAGCCUGGGGCCCAAUGCAAGAAGAACUAAACUUCACCAUCGACAUUCUAAACGCCGAAGCCGCCCUAAACUACAGCGGCCUCGCCAUCGGAUGCAUCUUCUUCAUGCCUUUAGUCCACAAGUAUGGCCGCCGCCCAAUCUACAUCUUUAGCGUAGCCCUGCAACUCGCCUCCUGCAUCUGGCAGGCAAGAACAUACACGACCGGUGAUUUACUCGGCAGCGGACUGAUAUCCGGCAUCGGUGGCGCAAUCAGCGAGAUCAUCACGCAGAUCACGAUCGCAGAUAUGUUCUUCGUGCACCAGCACGCGACGAUGAACGGAUGGUACGUGAUUGUACAGUCAGCGGGAGCCUUCCUCGGCCCCGUCGCAUCGGGAUAUAUCGUUGUGUCACAAGGGUGGCGGUGGAUGUGGUGGUGGUGCGUGAUUUUCUUCGGUGUGACCUUAUUCUGUGUGCUUUUCCUAUUCGAAGAAUCAAAGUACAUUCCAGUCUUGGGGGGCCGAGAGCUUGUCUCAACUGCGCCGGUGACAGCGGGGUCAUCGGGACGGUCGAAGGACACAGGUUUGGAUGUGAAAGGCGCCAAUUCGAUGGUCGCAACUCGGGCGCCGACUCCGCCUGAUAUACCGAUGAAGACGUAUUUCCAGCGCAUGGCGCUGAUUACACCGACGCAGGAGGCAUUAUGGCCGCAUUUCUAUCAGCCCAUCGUCACGCUGUUCACCUUCCCGGCUGUUUCGUAUGUGGCGAUUACAUACGGGUCGACGCUGAGCUGGUUUGCGAUUAUGACGUCGCUGCAGGCGUCGUAUAUGACUAUCCCGCCUUAUAAUUUUGAUGCUAUCGGGGUGGGUUUGAUGAACGUUGCUCCGUUCAUCGGCGCUCUUCUCGGGUUCCCCUUUGGCGGACAUCUGAGUGAUAAAUCUAUUUUGUGGCUGUCCAAGCGGAACAGAGGUAUUUAUGAGCCCGAGAUGCGACUUUGGCUUGCGUUGCCUGUUGCCAUUAUUAGCCCCGUUGGUAUACUGAUGUUCGGGUUGGGGCUUGCCAAUGGUGCGCAUUGGGCUGUUCUUGCCGUAGGAUUUGGAUUAUUUGGAUUUGCACUCGCGGCUAUCAGUGGAGUUGCCCUUUCAUACCUCAUGGAUUGCUACCAAGACAUCAUCGGCGAUGCUUUGAUCGGAGUGAUCUUUAUGCGCAACAUCUUCUCGGUCAUUGUGCUCUUCGUGUUAACGCCUUGGGUCGAAGGGAUGGGCAUGCGCGACUUGCACAUUUUGGUUGCAGUGGUUGCUUUUGCGAUCCUUCUCUUACCCAUUCCACUUCUCAUUUGGGGUAAGAAGGCUAGAAUUGCGACUGCAUCAAGAUAUAGGGAAAUGGCGGCGAAUCAACUUAGCCAUCGGACUAGUUGGAGUACAUAA